AUGUGUGACAUGGCGGGACUGGAUAACCUGGUGGCCAACACGGCCUACCUAAAAGCCCAGGGUGGUGAUGACAAGGAGAUGAAAAAGCGCCGUCGCAGCUUGUCUCUCCCCAAGCCUGAGCAAUGUGCUACGGUACGAUCUUCCAUUGACAAGGACUUUACAUCACUUUGUGAAAGGCAGCCUGUUGGCAAAAAGUUUUUCCGUGAUUUCCUGGUAACUAAACCUGAGUUUAAGAUUGCUGCUGAUUUUUUGGAUGAGCUGUAUGACUGGGAUCUGGCUGAAGGUGCAACAAAAGACAAGGCACGCACAAACAUCAUCAACAAGUAUUGCAAGGCUGACUCCAAGAACUUCCUGGCCUUUCUUACUGGGGAGCCUAGUGACAAAUGCAAAGCUGUGACAGAUGCCACCUUUGAGGAGGUGAUGAAAACCAAAGUCCAGGAAGGUGUAAGAGAGUUUUUAAAAGGUAAACCUUUUACAGAAUACCAGGAAAGCCCAUUCUUUGAUAAAUUCCUGCAGUGGAAAGAGUAUGAGAAACAGCCCAUCAGUGACAAAUACUUCUAUGAGUUCAGAACUCUGGGAAAAGGAGGCUUCGGAGAGGUAUGCGCUGUUCAAGUGAAGAACACAGGCCAGAUGUAUGCCUGCAAAAAGUUGUGUAAAAAGCGACUGAAGAAGAAGGGUGGUGAGAAGAUGGCCCUGUUGGAGAAGAAGAUCUUGGAGAAGGUUAACAGCCUGUUUCUGGUCAACUUGGCCUACGCUUAUGACACCAAGACACAUCUGUGCCUUGUCAUGACCCUGAUGAAUGGAGGAGACCUCAAGUACCACAUCUACAACAUAGGCUAUGAUGGCAAGGGUGUGGACAAGGGCAUUGAGAUGAAGCGCAUCAUCCACUACACAGCGCAGAUUACCACCGGCAUUAUUCAUCUGCAUGAAAUGAAUAUCAUAUAUCGUGACAUGAAGCCAGAGAACGUGUUGCUGGACAGCCAAGGCCAGUGCCGACUUUCAGAUUUAGGUCUGGCUAUAGAGAUUGCUCCAGAAAAGACUGUCACCCAGAUGGCUGGUACUGGAGCAUACAUGGCUCCUGAGCUCCUGAGCAAAACUCCAUACAGGACAUCAGUGGACUGGUGGGCCCUGGGCUGCAGUAUCUAUGAGAUGGUGGCUGGCUACACACCUUUCAAAGGCGCUGAGAGCCAGAAGGUGAAGGUGGAGAAGGAGGAGGUACAGCGCCGCAUUCUCAACGAGGAACCCAAGUGGGAGCACAAAUGCUUUGAUGCUGAAACCAAGGACAUCAUCCAGCAGUUCCUCAAGAAGAAAAUUGAAGAGCGCCUGGGUAUAAAGAACAACAUGGAGGAUCCCAGGAAGCACUCGUGGUUCAAGACCAUCAACUUCCCCCGUCUGGAGGCAGGGCUGGUGGAUCCUCCUUGGGUUCCCAAGCCCAACGUUGUCUAUGCCAAAGACACCGGCGACAUCGCAGAGUUCUCCGAGAUCAAGGGCAUCGAGUUUGACGCAAAGGACGACAAAUUCUUCAAGGAGUUUAACACAGGUGCUGUGCCCAUUCAGUGGCAGCAGGAGAUGAUUGAGACUGGACUGUUUGACGAGCUCAAUGAUCCCAACAGGAAAGAGGGUGGAGGAGAUCCUGACGAUGAAAAGAAGUCCGGCACGUGUAUAUUGCUGUGA